CGUUUGUAACUUUUAUCAUUAAUUUCUGCUGUUUACGUCUACGAUUAAUUAAACUGAUAUCAUGCUUGAUAAAUCGUUUCGUUUUGAAUUUUAUUUAUUACUAAAUUCGUUUAAUAAUGCCAAAGUAUUUGAAUCUAAAAAUUUAUUUAAUCUUCUCUAAAGAAAAUAAUUUUUUCGAUAGAAAAUGAUAAUUCAAAAUGAAACCCAACAUUAUACGGGUCAAAUUUCAAUUAUACUUUUGUCCCUAUUUGGAUUUUGGCAACCUGUUAAUUUAAAUACUAAAUGGACAAUUUGUUUAUAUCAAAUUUAUUCGAAUUUUAUGGUAUUUUUCUACACAACAUUCACAUUUACAUUGUUUAUGUAUUUUAAAAAUGUUUGGGAGAAUAUUGAUAGUUUCAUGUUAAAUUUAUAUUAUUUUUUUGCAAUAUUCUCUAUUUUAAUUAAACAAAUUACAAUUAUUAUAAAACGUAAUGUCAUUAUUGAUUUACAAGACAAACUUUUGUAUAAAUUAUGUCAACCACGUGAUUCUUAUGAAAUGGAAAUUUUACAGAAACAAUCACAAAUUUGCAAGUUAAAUGGAAUAAUUUUUCUUAUUUUAUUGAAUGUCACUGCAAUUGUAGCAGUGGUGUCUCCAAUAAUAAAAGGAAUGAAUAUGACACUUCCAAUUGCAGCGUGGUGUCCCUAUCAAUUAGAAUCGAAAACUUUAUUUUCUUUAACAUAUGCUUUUCAAUCGAUGGCUCUAUUAAUGACUGCUUGUACAUCAGCAUCUGUCGAGGGUUUAGUUUUAACAUUUGUACUUCAAAUUUGUGCUCAAUUGGAUUUACUUUUUCAUCGACUUCAUUUGCUUCCUUAUCUACUAAAAAAUUAUAGAUCAUAUUCUGAAUUUUCGAUAGAAGAAACGAGACUCAUUGCGGAUAGUACAAAACAUCAUAUACAUAUUUAUUUGUUAGGACAGCAAUUAAACAAUAUUUUUGGAUUUGUUAUUUUUACUCAAUUUUUUUCAUCUAUGAUAAGUCUUUGUGCAGUUGUCUAUGAAUUAACAAAUUUGAGCUUAAGUAAUUCAACUUAUUGGCUAAUGUUGUCUUGUAUGGGCAGUGUAAUUACACAAACUUUUCUUUAUUGUUUUUAUGGGCAGAAAAUUAUGGAAAAGAGCACGGAAGUUACAUAUGCUAUUCAGCAAAUGCAUUGGACUGUAUUGACGAAUAGAGGAAAAAAAGCUCUUCUAAUUAUGAUGACACGAGCGGCUCGACCAAUAGAGUUGAAUGGCUCAUCUGUUAUUACAAUGUCAUUUAAGACAUUUGUAAAAAUCGCAAAAUCUGCAUACUCUGCGUACAACUUGCUGAACAGUGCUUUCUAAUUAUAAUUUUAUGUUAUAAGUGUUAUUUCUGAAAAAAUCAAAAUCUAAACCUACU